UCAUUCCCAUCCUUGCUAUUCCCUGCCUUUCCCUGCCCGCGGGGCCGCGCGGGGUGAGCGCCUCUCCUGCUCCGCGGCCGCGUCCUCCGCCACGUCGAUUGGCAAAGAAAACUCAUGUUACAGGAUCCUGUCAAGUGAAGUACCUUGAUGUCCUGCAUGUUAGCUGACUGAAUCUCUGCCAGGCUUGGUCAUGCAACACCACUCCUGUUUCCUGAUAAACUGUAGUCCUACUGCAUCCAGGCUUUUAUUGGCUUUUGCUUCCCCUAAAGGCACAAUAAUUCCUGGCAGCAAGAAAACAGUUACAAGUGUUUGCAUGCUGUUCUUCAUUGGGACCUGAGAGAAGAAGAGCAAAGUACCUUUUCCAAAGAAGGAGCCUCUCUGAAUUUGGGAAUGGUCUGUACUCUCCUGCCUCUGCGUCCAUGCUUGUUUGUGGUAUAUUGCAGUGGAUCUGAAGUUGAUAUAAGAAAGAAUUGCUUCUGGGAAGAGAAACCUCCCUGUAAGGCCAGCCCUGAAGAUGUGGACUGCCAUUGUAUUCUUCCUGCUGAUUUCCUUCUCUAUAUGUGAACACGGGUUUUCUGUCCUAAAGGGGAGAGGAGUCCAUGUAGUGCAAAUAAACAGGCUUACAACUGAAAAACAAUGCAGGGAGGCUUGUCAAAGCCCAGGUGCUUCAGGAAACCGUCACUGUAAUUGGUCUAUGCCCUACCAGAACCACUGCAUCUUCUUGCAGUGUCACCAGCUGAGUGUGUGCCAAAAUGCUGGAGAACAAGACAUCAAAGAUCUACUUGGAGAAAUUGUCAGCAGGAAAUGGGAAACAGUCCUGUUUCCCCACCAAAGCUAUCCACAGAAGAAGGAGAGGAUGCUGAAUGCACAGGUUGACCAACGCAGUGUGGAAAACCUGUUUUCCUCAACUGCUCAAACUCACAAAAUUCAUUUGAGGCAUUUGCUUGGGUUUGAGAAUGAAAAUGUCACAGCAAAUACAAGCAAAUCAAUUGCAAGCAGUGCUACCACUCCUACUGCCCCAGCUGUAACAACAAACAUUACAAAUGGAAGUGUCUUCAUUACCACUUAUGAAACAACUGCCAAAGCUUCAAAUGCCCCUGGAGGUUCUGAUAGCAUUGCUAAAACCAUGCAAUCCACUGCCUUUUCUCCCACUUCUGGUAACAUCUUUUCUUCCACUUCCAGCCAUGUCACCCAGAUUGUGGUCACCAGCCAAAAAUCAGGAAAUAGUAGCUCUGUCUCAGUAUUGUCCCCCACUUCUACUUCUGCUCCCCUCACUGUUACUUCUAAGGCAGGUACUCAAACAGAGCAGUCUAACCCAGCUACCACCACCACCACCACCACCAGUGCUCCCCAUUCUAACAGCCCCACCACUGCUGGAGCUGACCUGAAGACACUGGCCACAACAUUGACCACCCUCAUCCCACAGGAUGCAAAAACAUCUUCCACUGCUACCAGUCAUGCCACGACACUCAAACCCUUGGAGAGUUCUCACUCUGCGAAUCCACUGCAUGUCAGCACACUGCCAGCUCUAAAGCCAGAAGCAAGUACAAACACAGGAUCCUUGAGUGAAUCAACUUCUCUUCUGGGCUCCACAAGAGGUGCCAUGGUUUUAACUACAGCCUCUACAGUAGAAACUACGACUGGGCACGGGAUAAAGUCAACAUUUGACAUCUUUUCAACAACCAUGGCUCCAACAGAUGCACCCAAAACGACAGCUUUGGACCUCACAGAAACUCAGGACAAAGACAAUGAGUACCUUCUCAUUGCUGCCGAGCCUCUGACUCAGUACUUGGUGGAUAAAAGUUCACUUCUUGCAGUGCUUUUAGUUGGUACGGUUUUCUUCAUAACUGUUAUAGUUCUUUUCCUCAUGCAGGCCUAUGAGAGCUACAAGAAGAAAGAUUACACACAAGUGGAUUACCUGAUCAAUGGAAUGUAUGUGGACUCAGAGAUGUGAAGGGGUGGGAAUAAUACAGUAGGCAGAGAGGUGGAAAGGAGUUUCAAAGUCUGCCUGACUUGUUUUUCCUUCCUAUUUGCCUAUAACACAAACUGAAAGUGCUUCCAAAUUUACUUCUAGUGCAAUUGAGGAGAAAUGCCAUGUACUGUAUUAAGAAGAAAAAAAAUAAUUUUUUAUUUAACUGUGCAACAAGUUGCUGUAAAAACGUAAAAAGAGGAAUAAUUUUUAACAUUUUCAUAAUGCACAAUAGCUUUGGCCAUUAUUUUUCAUUGCAAAACAAACCUAACAAGGGGUAAGCUACCACCCUCUGAAAAUGCUGUAGCGCUUCUUCAACUGUGCAAGUUGAAGUUACACUGCAAGUUCCUCGUGUUCCAUUUGUUUCACAUGUGCUCCUUGGAAAACAGAGCAAAGGAUGCUGUCACCUUUUGUGAAAUGCUCCCAAACAGCCGGAUGAGAAGUCUGGAGUAUUGUUGUAACAGGGAACUUUUAAUCCAGUGUGUGUCAUAUUUCAGUAUGCUUCUUGCUUGUAAAGAGGUCUGUUUACAAGGUAUUGUAAACCCUGUUUACUGCUAACCUAAGAUCUCUUUUCACCACGGAGUGGAUUACUGUGCCUCUGCACUUAAAUGAUCUUAUUUUUGUAUUCAGUUAAUAAACGGGACCCUGGAAGGGCAUAU